ACAAUUUUGUUUAGAAACUAAGAAAGCAGACUUUCUCAUUGAUAGAUCGUAAAUUGCAAUGUUUUGAGAGACUUUUAAAACUGUUAAUUUGAAUGAAAUCUUCAUAAAAUUUUCCAUGCUUUUUUUUUCACUGGGAAGAUGGCCGCUGUUUUCAACCAAUCAAGUUAGCCUUGAAAUGUGGUCUGUUUGUUUUGAUUUCUGCCGAAGGAUGUGAAGCAGGAAGUCAGAAAGUGUGUAUGAGCAACAAGUUCAAGUGAUAUUCUGAAGAUAUGGUGAUGUUACAAAAUGGCAAAACAAUUCUGCGAUGCAUUAUCCAAAAGAAAGAUUUUCUAUGUGGAAUUAAACGACCAUUACAUCAUUUUCGUUUUCCGAAGGAUUCAACUUAUAUAAAUGGGAAAUGGAUUUCAGCUAAAGACGGAAGCAUUUUUCCUGUUAGUAAUCCUGCUGAUGGUGAAACAUUAGCUUUUGUUCCUGAUUGUAGCACAGUUGAUUUAGAUGAAGCUAUUAAUGGUGCACAUGAUGCCUUUAAAGAAUGGAAAAACACUACAGCCAAGGAGAGGUCAUACAUUUUGAGAAAAAUGUUUAAUUUGCAUAUGGAGAAUGUGGGCGAUUUAGCUCAUAUAAUUACGGCUGAAGUGGGCAAACCACUGCAAGAAUCAGUUUCAGAAAUAAAUUAUGGAGCUUCCUUUUUGGAAUGGUUUUCAGAAGAAGUACGACGUAUUUAUGGUGACAUUGUUCCAUCUCCAUUUAAAAAUAAACAGAUGUUUUUCAUACGACAACCUGUUGGUGUAGCAGGAAUAAUAACGCCGUGGAACUUUCCUAAUGCUAUGAUAACAAGAAAGGUUGGAGCUGCAUUGGCUGCUGGAUGUACUUGCAUAAUCAAACCUGCAGAAGAUACUCCUCUUAGUGCACUUGCAUUUGCCGAUAUUGCAGAUAAAGCAGGAGUCCCCCCUGGGGUUAUUAAUGUUGUGACAUCUUCUAGAAAAAAUACACCUUCAAUAGGAAAAAAAUUGUGUGAGAGUCACAAAGUGGCAACUAUAUCUUUUACUGGUUCUACAGAAGUUGGCAAAAUGCUUCUUAUGAAUUCAGCUUCAACAGUGAAAAAAGUGUCCUUGGAACUUGGUGGUAAUGCACCUUUUAUUGUUUUUAACUCUGCAAAUGUUAAACAAGCAGUUUCUGGUCUAAUGGCUUCAAAGUUUAGAAACUCAGGCCAGACUUGUGUAUGCACAAAUAGAAUUUUAGUACAAGAUAAAAUUCAUGACUCUUUUGUAUCUGAACUGUCCAAAGCAAUGAAAAAUCAACUUAUUGUUGGCAAUGGUUUUGAUACUGGUGUGACUCUUGGCCCUCUAAUCAAUCAACAUGCUGUAGAAAAGGUAGAAGGACAUGUUAAAAAUGCCAUUGAGAAUGGUGCAAAUCUAGUUAUUGGGGGAAAACGUCAUUCUCGUGGAGGUACCUACUUUGAACCCACACUUUUGACUCAAGUAACUAAAGACAUGCUUCCAUUUUGUGAGGAAACAUUUGGACCAGUAGCAGCUAUUAUGAAGUUUUCAACAGAAGAGGAAGCUAUUGAAAUAGCAAAUUCUAGUAAAUCUGGACUAGCAGGCUAUUUCUAUUCCGAAGAAGUUGCUCAGAUAGUCAGAGUUGCAAAAGCCAUUGAAGUUGGCAUGGUUGGAGUGAAUGAAGGAAUCAUAUCCACGUCUGAAGCAGCAUUUGGUGGCAUAAAAGAAUCCGGUAUUGGGCGAGAAGGAUCGCGUUAUGGAAUUGAUGAAUAUGUUGAGAUGAAAUACAUUUGUCUUGGAGGAUUAAAUUGAAAACUCUAUCAGGUGAUGUCUAUGACAUUUGAAAUAAAAGUUCGGUGUUAGAUAUUUAAUAUAAUUGGGGUAUUAUUUUUUAAUGUUUUGAUCUUUCAGACAUUUUGCUCAUUCAGCUUUGGGCUUCCAACAUUAGAAAAAAAGUUCUUGUUUUAUCAUAAUUUUUAUGACGAAGUGUAAAUAGUUUUUGAAUAUUUUAGUAUUUGUACAUUUCAGUACAUAUAUGUAUAUAGAAAGAGGAAUAAAAUAACUUUAUGUGUUGA